GCAGAAGAAGCCAGUAGCGGAGACAACAGAAUGUGGGUCAGAGGCAGAUGAGUCAGAGGCAGAUGAAUGAUGGCCAGGUUCAGUAUCGAAGCAAACAAAAAGGGGGAUCGUAUGAACAAGCCACUCCUUUCUUCUUCACUAAUUUUCCAGAGGACUGGAGUUAUGCGGAGAUGUGGCGAACUUUCCUGAAAUUUGGCAGGGUAUAUGACAUUUAUUGUCCUAAGAGGAAAAGCAGGAAUGGAACCAAGUUUGGGUUUGUGAGAUUCUUGGAUGUCAAGAACUCGAAAGAGUUGGAAAAGAAUCUGGAUCAGAUAUGGAUCAGAGGUAGGAAACUAUGGGUGAAUCUCCCAAGAUUUGAAGAAGGGAAGAGUGCAGAAUUGGGGAGUAGGUACUGUCACAUUGCAGAACCAAAAAACCAUAACAGAAGCUAUGCCGAAGUGGUGAAGGGCCAAUCAGAGGAGAAUCAAGUGGAGAAAGGAAGAACACAGACCAAAAAACAAGAAGAAAAGAGACCGGAGAGGAGCUUAAGCAGUUUCUAUUCCAAACAGCGGAGUGAAGAAAACAGGACAGUUUGGAUAGAAAAAGGAAGGGGAGAAAGUUGGGCGGGCUUUGAAUAUAAUGCCAAACCGGAAGAUUAUGCAUGGUUGGAGGGAUGCUUUGUGGGAGUGGUACACUCUGUGGAGUUGGUUCGAAACUUACAGGAGAAAUUCUAUAUGGAAGGAUAUUUUUCGUGUCGCAUUCGUGCCAUGGGUGGUCGACUGGUGUUGUUAGAUGGUGAGGAUAAGGAAGAAUUGAAGGAUUUGGUGGAACUUGCUUCGGAUUGGUUAGGACAAUGGUUUGAAGAGGUGCGGCCUUGGACAUCUAACAUGGUGGCCAACGAAAGCACUAGCAAAAGGAGAAGGUUCGAUGUAGCAAGAUUUUUGAUAUCCACUCAGAUCAUGGACACAAUCAAAGUCUCACGGCAAGUUAAAAUCAAUGGGAAUUUGUACAACCUCAAAUUUUCAGAGGAGGAAGUAUCAAAUUGCUUCUUCUCCUUAAAACAAGAUUUCUUGCCCUCUUUCCAAAGUGAUGAGGAGGAUUAUGAGUCAUGGUCGUUGGGCAGUGUAAUGGAGACGCAGGACUGUGAUAAUGCAGAGGAGGAAGUUUUGGGCCAUGAAAAUUUGGUUCGUGAAGAAGAUGAUGACGUGGCGUGGGUAGGUCAAGAUCAGGAACAACCUACAAGGGAGGAGGUGAUGUUAGGGAAACCAACAGAUGGCAGGUCAUCUCAAUUUCGAAUUCAAAAUUCAAAUGGGGACAAAAGUAGAGCAACGGAUAAAUUCCUGGAGCAGGAGAAGGUGGCCAGUGUACCGGUUCUGCAGGUCGGCAUAUCAGAUGGGAGUCAAAUGGGCUCCAAAAACAAAUCCAAAAGGAAGGAAGAUAAGGAGCCCAGUGAACAACAAUCCACUAACAUGGGCUUGGCCCAAGAUAGAAGGAAGGAAGUAAUGGCUGACCCAAUUGUUAACAGGGUUAGCUCUGGAAUUAUGGAAAUAUCAGAGGAUAUUAAUGAAGAAGAGGAGGAUGACGCAUUCUGGAGAGGCUUCGAAAAAGACAAAAGCCGGGUGGAGGAAUGGAUCAACAAGCAGAUCGGGGAAUCAUCGAUGAGGAAAAGAAGGAAGGCCAGAUCAUGCAGUUCGGUUUACCAGUGUUCAGAGGAGGACGGAGGGGCUCCAUCAGAAAGCGGUUCGGUUGGUGACAGUGGAAUAAUGAACUACAACAGAUCCAUAAAAGAACAGAUGCAAAGUCAGCUAGCAAAGGAGAUUUGGGAUCUUGCGAAGCAGCUAGGCGCAAAUGCAGAAAACGACGCCGAGGUCCUGCAAAAAAUUGAGGAAAUGGAGAAGAGAGAUUACCGAAUCAAAGGGGACAUGGCCAAGUCGGACACUGGGGGUGCCAAGAAGAUUAGAGAAAUUGUGUUGAAAGAGAAAGUAGAUUUUAUAGCAAUUCAGGAGACCAAAUUAGUGACAGUGGACAGGAAAAUUUGUAGGAUUAUAUGGGGGACGGAUGACUUUGAUUGGGUAGCUAAACCAUCUGUGGGCAGGUCUGGAGGUUUAUUAUGCAUUUGGAAUGCUAAGGUGCUUAAGAAAAUGGAGGUAAUUGAGGGGAAUAAUUUCAUUGGGAUAUCUGCUUUAUGGGGGGAGGAGAGGAUAUCUGUGUAUAUUCUAAACAUUUAUUCCCCGUGCCAGUUGAUGGGUAAAAGAAUAUUAUGGGAUGAUCUUCAGGGCCUGAUUAACAGUAAAAAAGGGAAUUGGUGUUUAGCGGGGGACUUCAAUGCAGUGAGGGGAAUAGAGGAACGAGCAGGAGAGACUGGGGUGAAUAGAGAAAUGCAGGAAUUUGACAACUUUAUUAGUAAUUCUGCUUUGAUUGAUCUGCCUCUGCUUGGUAGGAAGUAUACUUGGUACAACUCUAAUGGCCAGUAUAUGAGCAGAAUUGAUAGAUUUUUGUUAUCAGAGGAUUGGGUUUCCAAAUGGGGUGAUGUUAAACAGUGGGGGUUGAGAAGAUCAGUAUCGGAUCAUUGUCCCAUCUUACUCAAGAAUGAGAAGAUUGAUUGGGGUCCAAAACCGUUCAAAUUUUUUGAUGCAUGGUUUGAAAAACUAGGAUGCAUGGAGUUAAUCACGAGUGUGUGGAAAUCCAAAGAGGUUCAGGGACAGAGAGGCUUCAUUCUUAAAGAGAAACUGAAAAGAACCAAGAGAGCAUUAAAAGAGUGGAGUCGGAACUUAGCUGUAGAAGUGGAUGACAAAGUAAAAGAAGCAGAAUCAGUGAUAGCUGAAAUUGAUGAGAAAGGAGAGAGCAACCAACUGACUGAAGAAGAUAUUGAAAGGAGGAGGAGUAGCUUUAUGUACACGGGUGUGAAGGAAAUAAAGGAAGAAGUGGCUAUGUAUUUUAAAGAUUUAUUCUCAGAAGUGGCAUGGCAGAGACCAAAGCUGGAUUGGAUUAGAGUUAAUCAGAUUUCACAAGCAGACAAUGAGAUGCUAGUGGUCGAGUUUGAUGAAAAGGAAAUUAAAGAAGCAAUUUGGGACUGUUGCUCUUCCAAAGCCCCAGGCCCGGAUGGUUUCAACUUUGGAUUUGUGAAGAAGAUGUGGGAAGAUAUAAAGGUUGAGGUGAUCGACUUUGUGCAGGAAUUUUGGGAGUAUGGCAGAAUUGCAAGGGGAUCCAACGCAUCCUUCAUUGUUCUAAUCCCAAAGAAAGAAAAUCCUCAAGGAAUUGAGGAUUAUAGACCCAUUUCGCUCAUCGGGAUCAUGUAUAAAAUCAUCGCUAAGUUGCUAGCAAACCAACUGCGAAGGGUGCUGCCAAAGGUAAUUGGGGAACAACAGAUGGCAUUUAUUGAAGGUAGACAAUUAGCCGAUGGAGUGGUGAUUGCAAAUGAAGUCAUUGAUGAGGCUAAGAGGAAGAGGAAGAAAAGCUUUCUCUUCAAAGUCGAUUUCGAGAAAGCAUAUGAUAAAGUGUGCUGGAGCUUUUUAGAAUUCAUGAUGAUGAGGAUGGGAUUUUCGAAAAAAUGGAGAAAGUGGAUUCAAGAAUGCCUAAGAUCAAGCUCGGUCUCGGUUCUCAUUAAUGGAAGCCCAACUAAAGAGUUCCCGGUAAGCAAAGGCAUUUGUCAAGGAGACCCACUAUCCCCCUUCUUAUUUUUGAUUGUGGCAGAAGGUUUGAAUGGGUUAGUUUCUGCUACAGUAGAGAAGAAUCUUUACAAGGGUGUGAAGGUGGGAAAUGGAGAUACAAUGAUCACACAUUUACAGUUUGCGGAUGAUACUAUUUUCUUUGAGGAGGCCUCUGAUGAAAACAUAAAGGUGGUCAAAGGGAUUAUGAGGAUUUUUGAGUUGGCUUCGGGGUUAAAAAUUAAUUUUGCGAAAAGUCAGCUAAUGGGGAUGGGUGUUGAGGAAAGAUGGACAUCAAGAAUGGCUUAUAGACAGUGUUGCACACAAGGGGAAUUUCCAUUUAAAUAUCUAGGAAUUCCAAUUGGUGGGAAUCACAGAAAAUUGGCAAUGUGGAACUUAUAUGAGUGGGAAGCCGACGAUGCCGUGGAACUCCAAAAGAGGAUAGAAAAUGUGAAGAUAGCAGAAGGAGUCAUAGACAAAUGGGAAUGGAUUCAUGACAAGGGAGGUCAAUAUUCAACCAAAUCUGCGUAUUCUAUUCUAACAAAGGAGCGAGUGGAAUCAAUUAAAGAGAAGACAUUCAAAAGAAUAUGGAAUCCCAUCCUUCCAAGCAAAAUCUCAACUUUCAUUUGGCAGCUAGUUCUGGACAAAAUUCCAACGAAAGUCAAUUUGCUAAGAAGAGGGGUCAUUAAGGACACAAAUGAAACUAAGUGUGCCCUUUGUAAUGAAGAAGAAGAGGUUACUACUCAUAUGUUCUUAAACUGCAAAAUUGCAAGGUGGGUAUGGAAAGCUUGCUCGAAGUGGUGGGGAUCGAAGAUGUCGGUGCACAGAGACUGCUGGAACACUUUUCAAUCCAUCGAGAGGUAUACCAAAGGAACAAAAAUCAAAGAAGGCUUGGAUAGCAACUGGAAAACAGCCGUUUGGUCUAUUUGGAUUGCUAGAAACCAGAAAAUCUUCCACAACAAAAAGGUAAAUCCCGUUACUCUCUUAGAACUAAUACAAAUGAGAUCUUUCUGGUGGAUUAAAGCAAAAAAAUAUUGGGCUACUGUUUCUUUAUCCGAUUGGUUAAUUGACCCAGCAGCAUGUUUCAAAACCUGAUGGUGCGUGUGAAAGGUUACAUUAUUAGGGGGUCAUUAUUUUGAUUUUGGUAUGAAGAGUAGGAGUUGGUGAUUGUUAAGGGUUUGAGUACCCCUUGUACUCAUUAUUCUCAAUAAAAUUAAUUGCUGUUC